UCCAUACGGCGACGCUCAUUACUUCCGCUCGGUUCAAGACUGACAAUCAUGGCAGCUAAGCUGAUACCCUGCAUUACUUUGUGUUUGGUCGUGGUCGUAGACCUCAGUACUGCCUACAAAUUGGACGUGCUUGCUCCGGGAAACCGCCGCAGAGAAUUCUACGAUACUGCCUGUGAAGACCACGAGGGUCCACGCAAUCCGUUGGAUAUUUCGGGAUGCGACCAUUUCUUCUGCAAUGACAACACUCGGCAGCCUAUCGAUCCAGGAACUCCAUGCAAAAGAAUUAUGAGUUUCGGACAUUGUUUGAAUGGAAGAUGUUUAACGCCGCAAGAAUACCUGGAAAAAACGUCCCGAGAUUCAGCAUCGAAUGAAGGAAAAUAAUUCCGGUAUGCUCUCCACGAGAUGAUUCGAUCUGAGACGCGAAUUUACGGCUGGGAUCGGUCGGGAAGGAGCUCAUACAAACUCACAUAUCCAGGAUCUGACUCUGUGCACACCGUUUUGAUAAUGUUCGUAAAGUGUUCCGGUUGCUGUUCCGGUAUCCGUCUCCCGUGUUCUCCGUUCUGAGAAGGCUCCCCAGAUUUUCUGAGCAUCACAGAGACUCUCAGAAACCGGACCGCGAGGGGAUCCCGAGAUGCUUCUACGCUCGAGUUGAGAGAAACUCUGCUUGCAUCGAUCGAGAGCCAUGCAUCCUCAGUCCGUAUCGACGCUCAUACAGGGCCGAGAUAUACCAGAGUUGUCUUCAAAUUCGAAAAAUUGCCAAUAAAUCGCGAUUA